AUGUGUAAAGCAAUUAUCGGUCACUGCCAGUGCAUGGGAUGCUUGGAUCAGCUGGUGCCCGGCAGUCUUCGUCGGGUUGACUUCUGCGACAGCAAGCAGGAAGAGCUCGCCGGUCUUUGGAUCCACACAGAGCCCGAGAGGGCCAGAACUCAACUUAUCCCGUGCAAGAGCCUGACCUUUCAGCGUGUGGGUGAUCCUGACGCUUGCCAUUCUAAGGGCAAGAAGAACGAGGGUGUGAAGCAGGAGGAUGCCGCCAAGCAAAAAGCGCUCCAGAGACUCCCACUGAAGCUGCGCAUUACCCGAACCACCCGCUUCACGCCCAUCAAUGCCGCGCAAAUUGCCAGGGCUGCUAUGGGAGUGCUGGAAGCGGCCGAGUCCAGCCACGCCCAGGGCGUAAUCACGAUCGAGGAUGAUGUCGACGAGGCUGACGAUGUCGAUGAGGCGGGCGACAACAUGGACAUCGACUCCCCUCUAGCGGGCUCGUCAGUGGCAGUCGGAAAGCUCCCGGCUUACAGCCCCAGCGCAGCGGACAGCCCAAAAACCCAAGGAACCGACAAGGCGGCUUCUUCGUCCUCCCACCCCAGCACGCCCACCAAAAUCAACAAGGGCAAACAACCCGCCAUCCACACGCCCACCACAUCCGCACCCACCACCACCACCACCACCACCACCACCAUCACCAACCCCGCCACCCCCUGGGCCGUAACCACCCCCACCAAAAGGUCCACCCCGUACACCACCACCACGGGCACCAUCGCCAACAGCGGCGGCAGCAGCAGCAGCAGCAAGCGCACGCCGCUGCCGACGUCGCGGCCCAGCACGCCACGCGUGCGCCAGGCCGAGGCCGCCGCCGCCGCCGCCGAGCUGGCCGACCGCGUGAGCCGGGGCGCGUGGACCCACGAGGAGACGGUGAAGUUGUUGUUGCUGCGGUGUAAGGAGGUGGAGUAUGAGGAUAUGCGCGAGUUCCUGCCCGGUCGAGAUGCCGCUUCGUGCCUGGAUCGCUUGGCCGGUUUGGCGGUCAAGCACGGUUCGCCCUCGGCCCCUCAUGAUGUGAAUGCCGCAUUUGCCAAGGGGUUCCACGCCCCCGAACGGACAACAACAAUAGCCACGGGGUUGCACAGCCCACAACGAGCAACAUCAGUAGGCAAGGGUCCUGCACCUCCAGGCGGACAACAACCGUAUCCAAGGGUUCCCAUACCCCUGGCACGGACGAAACUCCCCGAUCGUGACGCCUUUAGCUCUUUGGGGGCCGUCGGCGUGGUUCUCGACAACUCUGGCGGGAGCUGGUGGAUUCAUCCUCUAGUUCCGUUGCUCCCUGCUGGCACUCACUUUGGGGGCGUGUGGUGUCUGGGCUUAAUUACCGGUAUUCACCCUGUUACGGAUGAGGACAUAGUGGGGGAGGCUGCAGAUGCUUUUGAACAAUUCCUGCGCCAUGGAGUACCCCUGCAUUUGGCACAUCUCUUGUUGCCUGAGAAUGCCCCGGCGGACGAUACAUACCGUUCAACGUAUGCCCGGCGGAAACGAGGAGCAAACAACUCGGUCCAAACAAGUCCGAGGGACACCGGGCUGGCAGCGGGAUUACAGCUCACAUUCUACUCGGCCGAUCUCCCGACCACGCGUGGAAUGCUCACGACCAAGUCGACAGACAAGUGGUAG